AAAAACUUGUUUCAUAGCUCGAGAUACUCCUCAAGAAAACCACGACGACCCCAACGACGACCAGUGAAUUAUAGCAAAACCCCAUCGCAUUAGAUUAGAACCCAAACGAAAUAAGUAUAAAUAAUCGGCAAAGUGGUCAUCGGAGAGCAAGCCGCUAUCGAGUCGGCGGAAGCGCACGCGUGGAUCGCCAAACUGGUUCUCGUGCAGAAUAAAAGUGAAACGCCGACACCGCGGAAAUGACGCUGAAAGAUGAGAUUGUCGCCGCCUCGGCGGAGGUCAAACCUGACUUUGGCGAGGCAUACUCCACCAAAGAGGAUAUCCUGCAGCUCGCGUCGGCCAUCAGCCGGAGGUCAUCGAUAACAACAACAACAGCAACGACACAGCCCUCCUCGCCUCCUGCUUCGUAUCGCCCCGCCGCAAAGUUCGAAUGUGCUGGCCCGGUGGUGAAGCCCCAUCAGCACCAAUAUUCAUGUGAAUCGAUCGGAAACAGUCAACAGCUGUAUCGUUACCAGAGAUACCAAGAUCACAGCGGCGGAAGCCAUCAGAAGCAACUGCUGGGCGUAGACGCCGAAUCCAACGGGUCCAAGAUGUACGAUAUUUUGGUGGUGAACAAAAACUACGAUGCCGAAGGGCCCGAUUCCAUCUCGGUGCGGGUGGGAGAUCUGGUGGAAGUUCUGGACAUGGGUGAGUCUGCUACAGUCGCUGUCGCCGGAGCAAAGAGGCCAAAACUGGAUCCACAGCUGAAUGUUGGCAAGACGGAGAGUCUGCUCGAUAGUUCCAUUUCCAAGCACAAACUAUCCAUCAAACCGAAGAAGAACCACCAGAGUUCGCAGUUUCGAAGAAGCGUCAGUCCACAGCCGCCACAGUAUCAGCCGAAACCGAACGAAAAGUGGAAAGUACGAAUCUUUGACGGGGACGACAAUGCUAAAGCAGGUUGGAUACCAGUAUCGGUACUGGACACAAUGCACACCGACCAGGCCGUGUUUGGUGAGAAGUCAAACGAUGCGUCGUACCGUAGAGAAGCCGUCGUUCGGGAGCUGAUUGAAACUGAGGAGGAAUUCGGCCGGGAUUUGCAGCUGGUCGUCGAAAACUACAUCAAAUUCAUUGACAACCCGGACAACAAAAUUCCUCGCAUGAUCCGCGAUCACAAGGACGACAUCUUCAACAAUUUCAAACAGAUCGCGGAUUUCCACAACACUGUGCUCAUCGAAGGUGUCAAGUACUACGCCAACAAUCCGAAAAUGAUUGGCAAAACUUUCCUCCGGUUGGAACGUGACUUUGACAAACACGUGCGGUACUGCCGAGAUGCGCCGCUUGCGCAGGAGUUUCUCGCAGCGAACGACGUCGUUCGGGACUUUUUUAUGGAACUCUCCCUCACUCUAAACGACGACAAAAGUUUAUCGGAACAUCUUAAACUACCCAUCCAACGGAUCAACGAUUACAAGUUACUCUUUAAGGAACUUCUCAAGUAUUCCACUGCCCUCGGGGAAAAUGUCACCGACCUCCAGAAGGCCCUAGAGUUGAUGCUCUCGGUGCCCAGUCGCGCAGCGAAUAAUCGAUACUUGGAAAGCAUCGAAGGUUUCCGCGGAAACCUCCAAAAGUUAGGUCGUGUACUCGCCCACGAGUACUUCGGAGUCAAAGACAAGGAGCAUAAAAUCAAGGAACGCUAUCUGUUUCUGUUCAAGUCUCGAUUGCUAAUCACCAAAGCAAAGCGACUAUCGGAGGAAAAAUCCAUCUUCGUACUCAAGGACAUCGUUAGGCUACCGGACGUACAGAUAAAGGACGUCGAUUCCCGCGCCUUUGAACUACUACCAAAGGUCGGCGGCCGAGGAGACAUCGUUCAUUUGAUUGCCUAUUCGGACGAGGCGAAGCAGCGUUGGGUUUACGAAAUUCGAGAGUACGCCGAUAACGCGGUUGCACUUCAAGAACACACCAACGACGAUCUGCGCAUCGAUCCGACACAGACCAACAUCGACGAUAGUAUCAUCAAGCUACCACAACGAAUCGAAGCCCACAAAACCGACGAGAACAUCAAACCUUCGGAUUUUGCUGAUAGCUACGUGGUAUUUAAACAUAAGACAGCACAACGAGAAGAGGUCCAAUCGGUUCAAAAAACUGUCAGUCAAGAAGUCGUUGAAGUAGAAGAAACCGAGGAAAAACCUGUAAGCGUUCAAGAGCGUCUUGCAGCACUCGAAGUUAAAAAGUCUUCCCGAAAGCUUGAAGCAUCUUUAGAUAAGCAGGAAAUCGUGCAAGAGCAGUCACAUCAAACUGUUCAAAGCAAAAGUUCAAGUGUUCAAGUUCAGGAAGCCAAAGCAACUUCAAACGUUGUUCAAAGCACAUCGAGUAGAAAGGAAUCUGUCCAGGAAUCGAAAACAGCAGUAAAGCGACAUCAGGAAGCUCAACUACAAACUCAAUCCAAAGAAGCUAAACUAUCUAGUCAAGCUCAAGUAAGAACUCAGGUGGUUGAAACAAAAUCAUCAUCAGUUCAGCAAGCAGCACAAAUUCAGACUCAAGGUAAGACACAGAUUGAUUCUAAAGUAGUUGCAACCAGCCAACAAUCCGCUACUAAAGUAGAAGCUAAGACUUCCUCACAAUUCGCUCAAACCAACACACAGCAACAAGAAUCUGUUUCAAAGGUAUUGCAAUUAGAGGCUAAACAUUCUGCCCAGAAGCAACAAACACAGGUAACCGGAACGAAAACUGAAUCCGUUCAGGUAGAUUCAACUAUAAAACAAGAAUCUGUGCCAUCGUCGCCAACUACUGACGCGGAUUCCAAAAUCAAACAGAUCGAGUCAAAAUACGAGGCACUCAAACAGAAGAAACUUGAACAGAAAUCAGAAGAAGUCGACGCUAAGUUCCAGAUCAUCGAAUCUAAAUUUGCAGCUCUUAAGCAAAAACAGGAACAGCAGAAACAGAAACAAACACCACCAGAGCCAGUAGAGGAGCAGAAGGAAAUAAAACCAGCAGAACCACCCAGCAAGCUCCAACAGAUUGAAUCAAAAUACAAAAAGAAGGAGCAACUAGUCGUAGAAACUAAGGCACAAGUCAUCGAAGUUGCCCAGGAGCAGAAACAAGAAUCGUCGAAGCCUUUGACUAAAGUUGAACAAAUCGAGUCCAAAUACAAAUCCAAGCAAGAACAGCAAACAAUUGAAACUACAGUUCAGAUUCCAGAACCCGUUCUACAGGAGCCAAAACAAGAGUCGACGCGGCCAUUGUCUAAAUUAGAGCAGAUAGAGUCGAAAUACAACAAAAAGAAACUUUCUUUAGAUCAAACAUCUGAAGUCAGUUCACUUGUUGUUACUGAACCAACUUCACCGGCGGUUGAAUCAAAUAAGCCACAAACGCCUGAUUCUCAAUCGAAGAUCCAACAGAUUGAAAACAAGUAUACCUCCCUCAAACAGAAACAGCAACAGAUUGUGCAAGAAGUUGCAGUAACCGAUAGCUCCGAACAGCCAGAGCCUCAAUCAAAACUUGCGCAAAUCGAAGCCCGGCACACGGCACGGCGACAAUCCUUCCAAAAGGACCAGGAGACUAUUGAACAACAGCAAUCCAAGAUCCCCAUCGCCAAAGUUGCUGAACAGAAGAAGGAAGAGAAACAGUUUACAGCUCAAAAAGUCGAAUUAGUGAAAUUACCGGAAGUUCCGAAGAAAACAUUCGAAAGUAAACCAGAGGAAGUAAAAACUGAACUCAUCAAACCAGUCGAUGCACCAAAACCUAAAGCUGACAAAAAGGAUCGCCCUAAGCUACAAAUCCCAGUUCCGGAGAAGCGCGUAGACGAACCCAAAGAUACUCAAAGUCCAAAGAAGAAAAACAGACCCGAAUCACCUAAAAGUCCAAAGGGUAAAAAAUCACCAGUUAAGCUACCAGAGAGCCCUAAGUUACCAGAAAGCUCCAGACUACCGGAGCCGAAGCCUACCGAAAAGAAAGUUGAAACACCAAAAACACCAACGAAAGCUCCAGAACAGCCAAGCGUGGUAGAAAAGAAAGCAUCUGAACUUCCCAAAGCACCCAGUAAGGAACAGCCAAAGGUCGUAGAGAAGAAAGUUCCGGAGAGUCCCAAAGUAAUCGAAAGUCCCAAGACACCAAACACACCAAUCGAAAAGAAGCUUCCAGAAGCACAAAAGACACCAACUAAGGCUCUUGACAGCUCCAAAUCAUUGGAAACUUCACAGGCCCCAAUCAAACCAGUCGUUCAAAAGGUUGAGUCCGUCAAGGUUUCUGAAACAUCGAAGACUUCGGAAAGUCUGUCGCAGACUUCGAAGGUAGUUGAAAAUACAAAGACAACCGAUAAGAAAGUUGUCGAAGAAUCUCAGACUUUGCCUAAAUCUGCGGAAAGUUCUAAGCCAGUAGAAAAGAAACAUCCGGAGACAUCUGUUAAGGAAAGUUCCGACAUCAAAGAAACCAAGAAAAAAUCGUUUGAACCGAAGAAGGUAGAAGCCGUCAAACUACCAGAGCUUCCUAAGAAAGAAGAACUAUCCAAGUCCAAAGGUACAACAGAAACCGCUAAUGUAACAGGUUCUGAUACUCCCGUAGCGGUUACUGAACACGACAAUUCUCUAGAAAGUCUAGUGGAACAGAAAUCUAGAGAGGAAUCCCUCAGGCAGAAGCUAGAGGAGAUCUACAUUCGUGAAAAAGCAACUCUUGCUAAGGCCAAACGAAUACGACAAGCCGAAGAGGAGGAGAUUCGACGAAAGUUUGAACAACGCGGCGAGCGGGAGAUUCAACAAAUCAAAGAAGUCACCUCAGAAAUAUUAGAUCAAAUUCAAGCUACCAGGGAAUCGGUCAAAUCUGUGCUAGGAUUUGACGAAUCUAAUAAGCCUAGCCUAAAUAAGGCAGCGACUAGGAAAAAGUCGAAGCUACCGACUGUAACGAAAGCAGCGGAUUCAGACUCUCAACAGCAGCAGCAAACUACUCCACAAGAUCAGCGUGGUGAUCAAGAAGAGUCGGAGCAAGGAGGCGACAACGAAGGUAGUGAACAAAACAAUCAAGAAAGUCGAGGAGGCGAUAGCGGAGAAGGAUUCGACGAAGGUGACGGAGGCAAGCGAACGCCGCCACCGCUACAGUUGCCUACAUUCUUUGACCCUCCCCCUCCACCAGUUUAUCAAGCUACUAUUGAAGUAUUCAUCAAGAAGGAACGGCCACCACCACCGCCUCCACCAAAGAUUACCAGGAAGCUGGUUGUGAACACAGACGCACUUGAGCGUAAGACGCAACUGUUCUUCGAAGGUCACAUAGAAGAGCCGGAUCCCGACUACAGCACCGCAGCUGCUGUCCGGAAGAUUAAAGGUAUCAAGCAUUUAUUCGGUAAGACAGGUCAAACGGUGAACUACGCCGAGGAUACUAUUCACAAGGCCGAGCAAGGGGAAUUUGAAAGCAUCCUUUUCCCAGAAGAGGAAGAACAUAAACCAAAGGAGCCGGCUUACGAAUAUCAGUACACUGUUGAAGACCCGGUAACGGGCGAGAAGAUCUGUACUGCUGAUCCGAACCUCGAACUGAUUGAAAAGGAGCUGGCCAUGGAUGAACAUCAUUCUUCUAGGUACUCGUCGCUGAGAGAGUCAUCCCGACGAGGUCGCACUCUAGAAGCGCAACUCGAGGAACUUGCUGACUUCGAGGUAAAGCACGAAGAGAAGAUGUCGACUACCCAAACCGAGAAACUGCGGGUGCCAACCAACAUAAGGCCCCACUUUUUGAAGGCAAUUCACGCCCUGAGCGUCGAGCCUGGCGAGAAUGCGACGUUUACGUGUCAAGUUGACGAAGUCUCGAAUAUCCAAUGGCUCAGGGAUAACAAACCACUUGAUGACAAGUUGGCCGAUCGCGUCAUCAUGAAGGAGACGGCCGAUCAGACGCAUACUCUGGAAAUUCAGCACUGCCGCGAGGAAGACGGCGGUACCUAUACGGCUCGGGCUAUCAACGGUACGGAGAAUGCAUCCUGUACUGCUCAGCUGAUCGUCGAGAAGCUAACCCCGGAGCAGCGAAAAGCACUCACAGAAACCAACUCACCGGUCUUCAGCGUAAGCCUGAAGGACACCGAGGUCAUCGAGAAGACUUAUCUGACUUUCAUGGUCAAAGUGAAGGGUGAUCCCAAGCCCAAGAUUCGAUUCUGUAAGGACGAUCGUGAAAUUCUGGACACCGACAAGCGUAUGAAGGUCGUCCGCGAGCGUGAGGACAGUGGAUACUACGAGUUGAUUAUACCCGAAGUACACAAGGGCGACUGUGGUGUCUACUCGUGCACAGCCUACAACAAAUUCGGCAGCACAAAAACCCAGGCCCAACUAUUGGUAACGGAUCAGAGAGAACUAUUCAACGAGCUGGACACUCUCGAUGCUGAUAAGAAUAAAUUCGUCUGGAAAAAGAACGGUGUGCCCUUCGAUCCUGAGGAGCGAUUCAAGGUGCUAAUGGCUGAUGAUUCCGAUUCGUUGGCGCUUGUCUUCCAGCACGUAAAACCAGAAGAUGCUGGACUCUACACUUGUGUUGCCGCAACCGCUUCCGGCAAUAUCCAGUGUAGUGCUGAACUCACGGUUCAGGGACAAGUCAACCAACUACAGCAGGAGCCAUCCAAGCCGCACCUAGUAGUUACAUCGAAGGACGCACUGGCUCGAAUUGGCGGUAAAGCAAUGCUCGAGAUGAAAGUCCACGGCUAUCCCAAGCCAGAGCUCGUAUGGCGUCACGAGGGUACCAUAAUCGAACCGCAAGGUCGCUUCAAGUUCCUCUACGAGGACGCCGAAUCCGUAACGCUGGUCAUCAUGGAUGUGCAACCUUCGGACGCCGGUGUCUAUUCCAUCGUUGCACAGAAUCAUCUGGGUGAAGACUCAACCUUCAUCAACCUUAUCGUCAAGUAUCCACCAACCAUUGUGAAGCCGCACGACGCGUCGGCCAUGGUUGGCGAAAACUUCAAAAUGUCGAUCGAGGUCAACGCCGUUCCAGAGGCUACCGUCCGGUACUACAAAAACGGCAGGGAAUUUAAGGAAAACGAUCGCAUCAAAUUCUUAACAGCCGAAAACUAUCACAUCAUAAAAUAUAAUCCGGCUACGGUGGACGACGCUGGUAACUAUUCGAUCAUCGCUACUAACGAAAUCAGCCAGGCAACUGAGUUCUGGGAAUUUACAAUUAAUGCACCUCCACGCUGUACAUACGGACUUGACGAAGAAACGAUUGUCAACGAGUUCGAAGAUAUCGAAUUGUUUGUCAAGGCUGAAGGUAAUCCAGCCCCGAUCGUACGAUGGUACAAAGAUGGAAAGGAGAUCAUACCCGAUGGUAAGCGUAUCAUUUUCAUCGAGGACGAAGGUCGCUUCACUCUAAAGAUCCAUGCGGCGAACCGAGACGAUACUGCGCGUUACGCGGCCGAUAUUAUCAACGACUACGGCACCAUUACACAGCGCUCGCAGGUUAACGUGAACUGCCAGUCCAUGGUUCGAGAGAAGUUGAACGCAAUAACCUGCAAGGAAGGUGACAGCGAAGUUACGAUGAGUAUUAAAGCUGAUGGUUAUCCAAGGCCUAAGGUGCAAUGGUACAUUGAUGGCAUCGAGAUCACCGAGUCGCGAAACGAGUUCAAGACAGUUGAAGAGGGUCUGUAUUACAAAUUGAUAAUGAAGGAAGCUAAGGCCGAACUGCAAGGCGUGUAUAAGGCCGUUUUUACUAACGUGCACGGUACGGAUGAGUGUAGCGCAAAGACUACAGUGCAGUGUACGCCCAAAGUUCGUAAGCCACUGGUGGAUACAGACGUCGAUGAAAACACCACCCUUACUCUGGAGGUCGAAAUCUACGCUGAGCCCGAACCUGAGAUUACGUGGUACAAGAACGGACAACAGGUGCAGACCGACGCACGUUUGACGAUCAAGCGCGACUCGCAACGCGUGGAAAACUAUACGCUCUCGUUAACGAUGGUGCGUGGUGCCGACUCCGGCGACUACGAAGUCCGUGCAGUGAACUCGUUGGGAACGAUCUCCAGUAAAUCCCGGGUAGUUGUGCAAAAGGCCCUUGUAGCGAGCCCCAGUGAGAAUGCCGAAGCACACCGCAUGUUCAGCGAAUGUACCACGAUCGGUCAAAACGGAGAAACCAUCAUGAUCUCAGUCCACACCGAAGAAAGUCAUGCCGCCCUCGUAACAGGACCCGAAGAAUCCCACUCGAUUCAUCAAAUGCGCGCUACUACGAUUAUAUUCGAAGAGGACAGUGGGUCUCCUCUGGAAACUCCACAACGGAUUAUCUACCCCAACAAGCCGCACGCGUCAGCUCUUCACGUCGAAGAGAUCGACAGCAUCACCUUCCAGUCUCCGGAAGAUACAGUUAAAUAUCACAAUCUCACUGUAAACGAAUCAUCCAGCACACGAUUGAUAAUUGAAGAGCAGGAAUCGGACAACGAAGCCAACUUUUCUAAUUCUGGAAAGUUUUCUCGAGGAGUUUCCAUCACAUCGGCAACGACUUCGGACGACGAAUCCUCAUUCUCGCGGCAAUCCAGCCGACUGGGUACCGAAGAACCUGAGGCUAGUCUGCAAGUAGAAAUUAACGAAUCCUUCAGAGAGGCCAAACAAGCACAGUCCUCGCUGGGAUUACAAAGAGAAAACGCAGAACAACACGAUGCAGAAAAGAUUAAAAAGGUACACUUUGAAGAUGACUUAAACGAAGAAGUUAAAAGGGCAAAAUUGAUGAAGAAACAAGAGAUAGCGACUGGUGAUGUUGAAGUAGAUGAACGUUGUUCUCAAGUUAGUCGCAAUACAGCCACACCGAAAGCAGGAAAGAUGCUAGAGAAGACCUCUGUAGAAGAAGGUCGACAUGCUGAUAGUAAACUUCCGGAAACGAUUGAUGUCCAAGCUGAAGAUGUCAGUGCCGGAAAGAUACUUGAUAGAAUGACGGAUGGCGAAAGUCACACGAUCAAAAGCAUCCCAACAGUAACGGAAGACAUGCAGCAGUCUGAGACUCCUAACAAGACAGGAGAAAAGCUAGAAAAAGGAAAUAUAGAACAAGUUGAUGUAGCGAAUGGUAAACCAAUAAAAUCUAAAGAGAUUGAUAAUGCCAAAAAGGCUUUAAUAAAAGAAGUAGCGCAAAAUGAAGUCUUCGAUUCAUUAGAAAAGCAAAUGAACGACGAAGAUCUACCAACAUCGCUAAAGGCCAAAGAACUUAGCCAAGAAGCUAUUAAUGAAAAUACAUGCCAGAAAUCAAUCAAACCAACGCAAUCUUCUAGCAGCGAACAGUCUAAGAAAGCUCUUGUGGACAACGAAGCAAUCGAAAACGAAAUGUCUGCGAAUAAAGCAAAACUGACCGAACUUGAAGUCAAACAGCCCGCCCAACCAGAAGCCUCACCGGAAAUUCUGAAGACGGACAUUGCCGACGUUACCACAUUUGAUUCCCUACCCUUGUCAUGGAUGGUAGAAGCCGAUGGUAUCCCAAGACCAACCGUUUCCUGGGUCCAUAAUGGAGAAGAAAUCAAGUCCAGCGAACGCAUCCGUAUUACUGACUCUGGUACUCUCUACAAAAUUGAGAUCCUGGAUGUUAAGGAAGCUGACGCCGGUGAAUGGAAGGCCGUGGUUAAGAACCGAAUCGGAGAGAAACCACUGCCAUGCAAUCUGACAGUUAUUCCGUGCAAGGAAUACCGUCGUCCCAAGUUCCAAAAGGGUCUGGAAAGUCUCAACGUUCACAAGAACGAACCGAUCACAUUGAGCGUAACCCUCACAGCUGAUCCGGAACCUGAGAUCAGCUGGAUCCAAAACGGCACCGAAUUGCAGGCAGACAAUUUCAUCGAAAUGAAAACCGAAAUUAAGGAACUGGAGUACAACCUCAAAGAGAUAACCUACACCCUAUACAUCGCGGAAGCCCGUCACUACGACACUGGAAACUACACUUUCCGUGCGAAGAACAAGUACGACAUCAACGAGUCCAACUGCCGUUUGGAUGUGCUGCUGAAACCAGAGAUCGAGAACUUUACUGAUAUCACUGUGGAACCAUUCACGCAGGGUGUCUUCCAGGUAUUGAUCAAGGCCAAUCCGAAACCAAAAGUCACCUGGACCAAGGAUGGCAUCAAUCUGUGUAACGUCGAUAACUGCGACGUCAUUGCCGAUGUCGAGAAGGAAAUCUACACGCUUUUGGUCGAAUCCUGUGCAUUGGCUGAACAUGGAACGUACACAAUCACCGCAUCCAACACCUUUGGUGAAACUGUUGCCUCCGCUAAACUGAAUGUGCAUAUGACAAAACCAACCUUCACGAAGGAACCCGACAGCAUGAACGUGCACGAUUGGGGCGAUGUCUACAACAAGGUCGAGGUCUCGGGUGUUCCGCGUCCGGCUAUCCAAUGGCUGCGCAACGGAACUCCGCUGGACCUGGAAGAGAUUGACGAAGAGACGAACGAACCCAAGGUCAAGGUUGUAACUACGGGUGACACGGAAGUUACUAGCGAGCUGUUCAUUACCCACUUUGGCCCAGAAUGGCAGGGAGAUUACUCAUGUUUGGCCUCGAGCAUUGGUGGUGAGACGGAAGCCAAGUUUAUGAUUUUGGUCAAAAACGAGCAACCCGUGUUCGGAAAGGGACUUGAAAGGGGCAUGGAUUUGGAAGAGGACGACCGCCUGGAAUUGGCAUGUAUUGUAGACGGCAGCCCGCUGCCAAAGAUGACCUGGUAUAAGGAUGGCAACGAGAUCACACCUAAUGAGCACAUCAAGAUCACCCAUGGCCACGAUGGACGUUGCAGGUUGAUAAUCGAGAAGGUUGACCCAGGAGACAGCGGCUGUUACAAAUUGGUUUUGUCCAACAAAACCGGUGAGGUAUCGACGCAAUCGUCCGUUGCAGUCACACCCAAACAACGCUAUCCGGUGUUCAUCCGGCCUCUACAAGAUCACAAGAUUGUUGUUGGCGAAACUCUGCACAUGGAAGCCAAAAUUGCCGGCUUCCCAAUGCCCGAGGUUAGAUGGUUCAAGGAUGGGCUUCCCGUGCAUCAAACCAAAGCGAUCAACUUCAUCAACGAACCCGAUGGUAUCGUUGGAUUUAUUAUUGAUCGCGUUACUCCUGAAGACGCCGGAAUCUACACUUGCGAAGUAGUCAACGCCGUAGGAAAAGCUACUUCUGCUUCCAUCACCGAAGUUAUUCCGAAGGCGAAGAAACCACAAUUCGUCAACGAGUUACAAGAUAUCAGCAUCGUCGAGGGCUAUCCUAUCAAACUGAAUGUCAAGGUCGUUGGCUUCCCAGCUCCUUCCAUAAAUUGGUUGCACAAUGAGACUCAAAUUACCGGAGAGCGUUUCAAAAUCACUGAGGAAGGAGAAGGAUGUUCUACUCUUACUGUUGAAAAGUCUAUCGGAACUGACUGUGGAGCAUAUCAGGUAGUUGCCUCCAAUGAAAACGGAGAUACUUCUUGUAUCGGUAAAGUGACCAUUCUUCCGGUUACUGACACAUCUACCGGAGAAGAGCCACCAAGCUUCCUCGGAGGAAUCCGAGACAUCACCGCUGAUGAAGGAAAGGAACUGACGUUCAGGGCCCGUUUCCUUGGUAACCCUGCGCCGGAAGUUAUCUGGACUAAGGAUGGUGAACCAUUGCAGCCCACCGGACGAGUUACCGUCACUUGUGACGGCAAAACGGUCGGGCUCACUAUAACUCCCGCCGAAGUAUCUGACUCCGGAGAAUACGCUUGUCUGAUGGCUAAUCCAUUGGGAGAAACUGAAACCAAGGCUUCGGCAAUCGUCCGUAAAAUGUUCCAGAAGCCGAACUUCGUUUAUCCUUUCCCGGAUGUUCAGCAGCUGCCAGGGCUGGAAGCCAAGUUCCCGGCAAAACUCGUUGGUACCCCUCGCCCAACUGUUCAGUGGUACAAGAACGAAACUCCCAUCUAUCCGAACGACCGCUACCGGAUGAAAUACGAGGGCGAGCACUGUUGUCUCUACAUUAAGGAAUGUGCCGAGCACGACACUGGAUUGUAUUCUUGCGUUGCUACUAACCGCGAAGGAACCAGCACUGUUGAAGCUAAGCUGGAUGUAGUUUCUCAAUUAACGAAAGGAGAUGAACCAACUCCUGCCUACUUCAUGAAGAAACCAGUAGAUAUGACCGUACUUGAAGGAAUGAAAGCCAAGUUCACGGCGUGCGUCGAUGGAUUCCCGUUACCAACAGUUGAGUGGAUCCGUGAUGGACAUCGUCUAGUCCCAAGCGAAAAGUAUCGCAUCGAAGCUGACAUUAAUGGCCUCGCACGUCUGAUCAUAUCUGACGUUCAGGAGGAAGAUCUUGGACGCUAUACUUGCAAAAUCAGUAAUAAUUUGGCAGAGGUGUUGGCUCAUGCGAACCUGCGGUUUGAACCACUGGAUGCCUACCCAAGACGCCGCUAUGGAAAGGGUAAAGAAAAGAGCUUCCUGCAUACCAGUCCGUAUCCUCUCAUGGACAGACCGAUCAUAUCGAAACUGUCCGACCGUCGAUUGACCUUAUCCUGGAAGCCAUCUAUGACAACCGUCCCACGUGAACCAGUAACCUACCAGAUGGAAAUGAUGCAGCUUCCUGAUGGCGAAUGGUACACCUACCGUUCUGGAAUAAGAAGCUGUUCGUGUGAAGUGCGCAACUUGGAACCGUUCCGUGAUUACAAAUUCCGCAUCCGAGUUGAGAACAAAUACGGCGCCAGCGAACCCAGUCCCUAUGUCCAAACAUAUAGACAGAAACUGGAGUCCGCGCCUCCAGUGUUUUAUCCAUAUCUUGGACCGGGACGUGAUUACCGUCCGGACAUUUCCCCGCUUUACCCCCGCAAUUUUGACGUAGAACGUCCCACGCAUCGUGACCAGCGUACUGGUAUCCCACCGGAGUUCCUCCGCCAGGAGUACCCCGUACAGUACGGCACGAAGAACCACAAUGUCAGCCUGUUCUGGUUUGUGUACGGUUAUCCGAAGCCAACAAUGACCUACUACUUCAAUGAUCAGAAGAUCGAAGCCGGCGGUCGUUAUUGCUUCAGUUACACCCGAAACGGCCAGGCUACGUUGUUCAUUAACCGCAUGUCCGAGCGGGACGUCGGCGUGUACGAAGCCGUUGCUACCAACGAGUACGGCUCCGUACGGCAACGCGUCUGCCUUGAGCUUGGAGAGUUCCCACGUUUCCUGCAGCGUCCGGAGGAGGUAUUCAUUAUGGGUCGCCGUUCGGGUCGCGUGGAAGCCAAGAUAGCCGGCGUACCCUUCCCGGAUGUGAAAUGGUACAAGGACUGGCAACCAAUCACCGAAUCGUCACGCCUUAAGAUGAUAUUCUACGAACCAGACACAUGGGUUCUGCUCAUCACUGAUGCGAUCAAGAAGGACGAGGGCCUCUACUCCAUCAGUGUGCGCAACGUUAUAGGAUCGGUCAGUUCGUCAGUUAUGGUUCACGUUGAAGACAACGAAGAGGACUACGUAUACAACGCCCAUCAUAGAACGCCGUAUGUCCGAGCUAGGAACAAGGUCUACGAGGACUACUACGACAUUGGAGAUGAGAUUGGAAGAGGUACGCAGGGCAUCACGUAUCACGCUACGGAACGUUCCAAUGGACGCAACUUUGCCGCCAAGAUUAUGUAUGGCAGUCCAGAUUUGAGACCUUUCAUGUUCAACGAAGUGGACAUAAUGAACGUUUUGAACCACCGGAAAUUGAUUCGCCUGCACGAUGCGUAUGACAUCAACAGGUCGUUGACUCUGAUUAUUGAACUUGCGUCGGGUGGUGAGUUGGUUCGAGACAAUCUUUUGAUGCACGACUAUUACACCGAACGUCAAAUUGCAAUUUAUGUAUACCAAAUUCUACUGGGCCUGGAGCACAUGCAUACCCGAGGAAUUGGUCAUAUGGGUUUGACGAUUAAGGAUUUGCUCAUCGCUUAUCCGGGAAGUGAUAACUUGAAAAUUUGUGACUUUGGUUUAUCUCGUCGUAUUGAGGAUGAUAAACUGUACACAUUGGACUACGGUAUGCCGGAGUUUGUUGCUCCUGAAGUUAUCAAUCGUCGCGGCGUUGGUCUUGGGCAGGACAUGUGGAGUGUCGGUAUCAUCACUUACAUCUUAUUGGGAGGUAUUAGUCCCUUCAUGGGUCGCAACGAUCGGGAAACUCUCACCAAGGUCCGUGACGGCAAGUGGAGCUUUGUCGGCACAGUCUGGGAGUUCAUAUCGGCUGAAGCCCGUGACUUCAUUACCAGACUGCUGGUCUACGAAGAUGAACACCGCAUGAGCAUCAAAGAAGCGCUGAAUCACUCUUGGUUUGACAUUAUCUACAAACGGUCCUUUGAAGAAUAUCAGAUUGGCACGGAUCGUCUUCGCCGGUACUAUUAUCACUACAGAGACUGGUACACCAACGCUUCCUGCCGCACGUGGUACCGUCGCCGUCCAUUGAUGAGCUGCUUCGAUCAUCCUUCGAAGAUGAUUUAUCCAUCUGGAAUUAUCUUCACUCCCGAGGGCACACCACCACCAGUGACUGUCGAUGACAUCCCCCACAAGCGUAGGAAGUGGGAUGAAUAUGUGUCCAAGGACAACCACCCAGAUUAUGAGACGGCAUCCUUCAAGUCCGAAAGUCACUACCAGUACGGACCGGACACAUACCUGCUACAGCUGCGUGACACCACUUUCCCUUGUCGCUUGCGUGAAUACAUGAAGAUCGCCAAGCAUCGUUCCCCAAGCUUGCUGAGCGAGAGCAACUACGACGGAAGCUUACCCAUCAUUCGUGAACGACGUCGUUUUACCGAUAUUAUGGAUGAAGAAAUCGAUGAUGAACGCAGAAGCCGCAUCAGUCGCUAUGGAACAGACGACAGCGUAACGAUCAGUCGCCGCUUGCGUACCGAAGUCGGUACACGUCUUGGUUCGUAUGCCGAGGCUGAAGCAAUGAUUGAAGUAAAGCGAGAAGGCCAGCCUCCGUUCUUCCGUGAAAAGCCUCAAACGAUUGCCAUUCGUGAAGGCGAACCUAACCAAAUUGUUUGCUACGCGGUGGGUGAUCCAAAACCAUCCGUUACGUGGUUCCGCAACGACAUGGUAGUGACAGACAGCAAUCGCAUCAAGGUUUUAGAUGAUGUUGACGGGCGAUCAGUUAUUCAGUUCCACCCAGCCUCGCACAACGACUGUGGUAUCUACAAAGCUGUUGCUAGUAAUCGGGUUGCGAAGACAUCUUCUCGUUGCCGUGUAGUAAUCGCCAUUAUUCCUGAUGCCCCAGAUUGUCCAGAUGCCGUCGCUGUCAGUGAUACGGAAGUAUUGCUACGGUGGAGACAGCCCCGUCAUGACGGUAACUCCCAAGUUAUUUGCUACAGCUUGGAAAUCAAACAACAUGGCAAGGUUGAUUGGGUGGACGUGGCGAGCAACAUCGACCACGAAUUCUUUUUGGUCCAUGGCUUGACACCGACUACUGCUUAUCAAUUCAGGUUGGCUGCCUACAAUCGGGUAGGCUGGAGUGACCGUGGUGUCGCCACGAAGCUUAUUCACACUUUGGAGGUUGGAGCUCCCAAGAUUCAGAUCACCCGGGCUAUGAAGCAACUUCAACAGCUAACUGAAUCUGGUCAACAUGUGGCACCAGAAGAACGUUCGAGUCGAUUGGACUACAGCUACGAGAAGACUCCACUGAAGUGGUCCGUCGAAGGCAACUACAAUGAGAAAUACAGCUUCAUGUCGGAGAUCUCUCGAGGUCGACACUCGAUUGUAGUCAAGGGACUAGAAAAAGCUACCGACAAGAUUGUUGUGGCUAAAAUUUUCGAACUUGGCGACGAACGCAUAGCAGAAGCAGCGGAGCGUGAGUUCGAAAUGCUGCGAACACUCAGGCACGAGCGUAUCGCUAGUCUAUUAGCUGCCUUCAAACCGAAGAAUACAUCGAUCGCUGCCUUGGUUAUGGAAAAACUGCAGGGUGCCGAUGUGCUGACUUAUUUGAGUAGCCGAUCUGAGUACUCAGAACAAAUUGUGGCGACAAUCGUCAAUCAGAUUUUGGAUGGUCUGCAGUAUCUACACUGGCGUGGAAUUGCUCAUUUAGAUCUACAACCGGACAAUAUUGUAAUGUCUUCGGUCCGACAAGUGCAGAUCAAGCUGGUCGACUUCGGUGCAGCACAAUUCGUGUCCAAACUAGGUUCGACCGUGCCAAGUCUUAGCUGGCUAGACUUUACCUCUCCUGAAGUUCUCAACGGUGAGGCUGCGUACCCACAGACCGACAUCUGGAGUGUAGGAUGUUUGGCGUACCUAUUUCUGUCAGCAACGAGUCCGUUCCGAGGCGGAGACGAAGCAGAAACCCGCGCAAACAUCACAUUCGUGCGCUAUAGGUUUGAAUAUCUUUUCAAGGAAGUUACCCAGGAGGCUACACGGUUCCUCAUGUUGAUCUUCAAGCGCGCUCCAACGAAACGUCCGUCGGUAGAGGAAUGCUUCGAACACAGAUGGCUCGUUCAUACCGACUUCAUGAUCAAGAAGCGCGAGCGCGCGAUAUUCCCCGGAAGCCGACUGAAGGACUUCUCCGAACACUAUCACACGAUGAAAACGAACGAGGCCACCAAGUCGGAGACCAUCUCCAGCCUAGGUGGCCAAUCCCCUCGUCAGUUGCUCAGAUCCAACAGCAUCCAGGAGGAACUGUUGACCAAUUUCUAGAACCAUCACUAUCUACUUCGUCUAGCUAUAAAAAAAAACUUUGAAUAGUUAUUUUCAUCGAUUUGAAAUUCUACAACUAUUUAUUUAUUUAUUUGUCAGAGUUUGAAGCUCUUCUUGUAUUUCUAUCUAUUGUCCCUCACCCUUUAGAGCAAGAAAUUUACGCAUACUUCUGUACAUAAUCGAUUUUUUAUUUUUAUAGCAACUUGAGUUUAUUUUUCUUUUAACGAAUAAGGAUAGGAUUUAGGUUAUGAAGCAAACAACGAUUAUUACAACGACUACUAGUACGGCGCAGGAAACUAUUUAUAUAUUUAUAUAUGUGAUAUCCGAGUCAGGGAACCAUUUUUAUAUGAACUUUUAACCGAAUCUAUAGUCACACAAAUACGUUACACAUCCCUGAAGAAACUGACUCGGACCCAUAUAUGUAUCCAUCUGGUUCCCUACACUAGUAGUGUUUGCAUAUAUUACCCAUGAACCGCCACCAUUUGGUCAACUAGAGGAAAUGAAACAAAGAAGAAACAUACUCAUACGAGAACUGUAUAAAUUUAGUUACACACAUGGUAAGAAAGCUUUUAACCGGAAUAUUGAUAGGAGAAAAAUCCACGUAUUUUGGAAAACAAAACGUGUAAAAAAUUAUAUCAUUAUUAAUUUGACUUAAAAUAACUUAAUGAAUAGCAAAGCUUUAAAAAAAAUUGUAGGGCCAAAUGAUAAUUUCAUUUUUUUUUUGUUAUUAUAUCAUCCUCCUCUAGUGAAAAUCUUGAUUAAAUAAAUAGCUAGUUGAGCAAAA